AUGACAGUAUUACCAUCCUUAAAAUUACCAUUUGUAAAAUCGCAGGAUAAUUUACGAUCAGGAUAUACUCCUCCAAAUGCUCGAGCUUUUACUGAAUUAGAAGUUUUUAGAAAAUUUAAUGAUGGUAAAGAUCCAGUUGUAGUAAUUAUUAUUAUCUUGGCAAAAGAUGGUGGUUCAAUGACUCGAAUAUCACAUUUAAAUGAAACACUAAAUAUUGUUGAUUAUGUGGGAACACAUUUUGCUGUCAAAAAUUACACUUACUACCGAAUGUGUAAAGAUUUUUGUGAUGUCAAUGAACCUAUUCGGCAAUUUCGAAAUGGUUUACUCAUGAAAAUGUCUAAAAAUAAUGAUGAGAACAAAAGAAAUAAUAGCAUCAUGACAAAUCUUUCAUUUCCAAUUAUGCAAUUCUUUGGACGUGAUCUUGACCUAUCACCUUACUUUUUUGGUCAAAUUUCGGAAGUUCAUAUUGAAUUUGCUGAACUCAUAGUUUUACAUUUUCGGACACGACGACCAAGCGAAUGGAGCAGUGAGGAUGCUUAUUCUUGGGAACGUCUUGUUGGCAGUUAUUUGAGGAAUGAAUACAACAGUUCACUAAUUCGACCUAUAGUUUUUUCAAUGGCAUAUACACAAGAUGAAAUCGUACGUGCUGGUCUAGCAUUAAUGCCGUAUAUCUCAGUGGGUUUUAUUGUUAUGUGUGUAUUUGCAGUAGGAACAGUUAGCAUUGGUUCAUCAUAUAUGAAGCAGUUUUCUUUAAUAAAAGUAGGAUAUGCUCUGCUUGGAUGUGUUACACCUUUAAUGGCAACAUCAACAGCUCUUGGAAGCUUAAUUUUACUUGGCUUGAGACCCGGCUCUAUUCUGUGUGUUACGCCAUUUCUUGUACUAGCCAUAGGUGUUGAUGAUGCAUUUUUGAUGAUUAAUGCAUGGAAUAGGACAGAACUUGAGAUAAGAAAUGGUACAGCUUCGUAUAAAACAAUACAAGAACAUAUCGGCCCUUCAAUCACAAUAACAUCACUUACAAAUAUGCUAGCCUUUGGUAUUGGUAUACUUACCACGCCAACACCUGAAAUUCAAUUAUUAUGCAUUGCUAAUACAGCAGCUAUUCUUCUGGAUUAUUUAUAUACAAUAACACUUUAUGCCGCACUGUAUUGGGAUUUUCAAAAUAAUGCUACAAUUUUUCACUUUCAUAUUCAACCUUUUAAGGUUGGAAAUUUCUUGAACAGUUAUUGCAAAUUUCUUUCAAGUGGCUUUGCUUCAGUUUUAACAUUCAUUUUACUUAUACUUUACUGGACAACAAGUAUUCGUGGGGCAUUGAUGGCAAAAGGUCGUUUAACACCAGAAAAAUUAUUUCUGGCUGACUCACCAAUGCUUGAGGUAUUCAGAAACUUUUUUUUACUACGCAAUAAAUUCAUAAUGCCAUCAUAUACAUUCGUGACAGUGUUCAUCACAAAUCCAGGAGAUCUACGGAAUUCAUUACGAAGAAAGCGCGUGAAAGAACUAAUUGCUCAAUUUGAAGCAGUACCAAGAUGUAAAGGUUCCAGAUUCACACAUUUUUGGCUUCGUGAUUAUGAAGCUUAUUUGCAGUCAAAGAACGAAGAAACUGAUGAAAAUGGACUUGAUGACUAUACUUCAAAAGAUCUGUUGCAGUUCUUGAAAUGGCCUGAAUAUGAUUCUUGGAGUGGAUUUAUGAAAAUUGAUAAUCAAACCAAUCGUCUUACAGCUUUUUACGUUACGGUAACUUAUCAUGACAUUGGAGCUUCAGUAUACGAAGAAGAAGCGUUAUUCACGGAUCAAAUUGAUUCUUUAGUGCCAACAACUAUACAAACUUCUUUUGUAAUUUUAGCAUGCAUGGGAAUAGUGUGUUACAUUUUCAUGACACAUAUUUUUACUGUACUUCUUGCGAUCUUAGCAACUACAUCUAUAUGCAUUGGAGUGUUUGGCUUGUUAACUUUAUGGAAUAUUGAUGUCGAUCCAGUUUCAAUGGCAACAAUGAUUAUGUCUAUUGGUUUAUCAGUUGAUUUUCCAGCUCAUAUCACAUUUCAUUAUUAUCGUACUGGAUACAAUUCUCAACUGCAAAGAACAGAAGACCGACUUGCUGACUGCUUUAAUGCCAUUGGUUUUCCAUUGCUUCAGUGUAGCUUAUCAACAGUAUUCUUCUUUCUUAUUCUGCUACUUAUUCCAUCCUAUAUGAGUGAAGUUUUUACAAAAGCAAUCGUUUUAGUGAUCUCACUGGGGACUAUCCAUGCAUUAGUUACCGUACCAGCUCUCCUUUGUGCUUUUUCUAAUAUUUAUCAAUGCUUUUCAUUUAUCAAAAAUAAACGAGUAAGCAUUAUCCUUCUAUUUAUGCGUUUAUUAUAG